AUGAUUAUUCGAGAGUUAAUUUUACGUGUGAAUAUAGAUCGAAGUGGAUAUUUUAGAUUAAGACCAAAAACUUACACACCAGUUAUUCAAAGAAGACCAAAACAAAUACAGGCACAUCGACAUGCAAUUACUUGUCCUAUAUGUUGUGUACCAUUACAAUCUGAUGAAUUAUGGAGAAAUGUAGUACCAGAAAAUAUAUUGAAACUGGAUGCGAUAGCUUUACAAAGAUAUAGAGAAAUUCAAGUAAACGAACUACCAGAAGAACAAAUAAUUAUUAAAGAAGAAGAAGAAUUUGAUCAACAAGAUUUUCUAGAAUGUUCUAUUUGUCAUAUACUAUUAUAUCAAGAUGAAAAUGUUAUACAAUUAUGUGACAAUUCACAUGUAUUUCAUUAUUUAAGACAAAUGGAAGAAAGACAAAGAGAUAUGGAUAAUAUUCCACAAAUAAGGGAGGAUGUGGAGGUAAUUAAUAAUGUACAACAAAUAGUUGUAGGAAAGCAACCACUACCACUACAACGACAACAACAAAAUGAAGAUAGAAAUAUGGAUCCGCAAGAUUUUACAAGAUGUUCUAUUUGUAAUACAUCUUUAAGAGAAGCUAUGAAUAGUAAUCCAGAAUUAGAUAGGGAUAGAGAAGUAAUUGAUAAUCGAUUAGAUGCACAACAGAUAAAUUUAGACGAUAAUCAAAAUAUGUGGCAAGGAAGAUUACGAGUUAUAGAUAUGUUUGGAAAUGUGAUAAGAAGAAAUGAACAUAGUUUUUCAUCUUCACAUCUUUUCUUAAUAAUUGAACAUUUUUUGCAAGAAAUUUUAAAUUUUACAUUAAGACUGGAAAAAAUGUUAAAUAAUUUACGCGAUGUUUUUGGUGUUAAAAAUAUUUUUCGAUCAAAUGAAUUUGAUAAAAUUAGUAAACGAGAAUUAUCAACAUUAGAAAAAUUAGUCAGAAAAACAUGUAAAGAGAUUAUGGUUAUCGAUCUGCGUGGAAGUUCUGUAAAAGAAAAUUUUUGUGGAUUACGUAAAUUAUUCAAGGAUACUUAUUUUAUCAAUAUGUUAAAUGAAUCAUUGUACAAUGUGUAUUUUAAAAUUCUAACUAAGGAAGAAAAA